AUGUGGGUUACAUAUGAUACAUAUGCAGUUAUCAUGCAAUACAUAUACAGUUGUAAUGGUGGUUGUGGUUUCAGAAAUACCAUUAACUUGACAUUUUUUAAAUGCAUUACUGUUUGUUGGCUUCCCCAACUAUUUUACUGCAACAACAGUGAAGGAUUCACUGAGAGAGCUUUACUAAUCAAGUGCUUAGCAAUAUCUAAACUAACAUUUUUUUUUGUGUGCACGUUUUUUUCGGUGUGCAUCUGUACUUUUCAGUUAAAUGCUCCCACUGCUGCUGCUCCUGUAGAGCCUUCACUAACGGAUUCACUGGAUUAUCAACCAGUUGUGCCGGGAAUUAGUGACCACCGAACAGGACAAUUCACAUCAUGUCCAAAGAAGAAUAAACUAAGAAUUGGUGAGUCUUCAGCCUUUUUCACUUAUGUCAAAUCAAGCAUGCCCAAAAGCAAUACCCAAGGGGUUGCCCCUGAUGAUGAAAUUGCUACUCGAGAUUUGAGCACUGAAAUCAAACUUAAUGCACGGGUUGGACAAGCGGGCAAUGAUACCCAAGAUUGCGAGAAUGAAGAGGCACAGGAAAGCCAUUUUCAAGGAGAUGACUUUCCAGGCAGUAGCAGUAACCCUGAUUCUCUUUGUAUGGAGAGAUCUUCCACUCCCCCUGUGUUAAUGGAAUUUCCACAACAGAACAACUCAAAGAUGGAAGAGUUUGCUCAGUUGCAUAUGCAUCUGAACAAUGAGUUUCACGGAGAUGUAUCGGGAUUUCAUGCGCAUACUGCUUAUCCAUAUUAUAUUUCAGGCGUAAUGAAUCAAGUUAUGAUGUCAUCGGCACAAAUGCAUCAAAAUAAUCUUCAAGAUCUGCCAAACCAUAUGUUGCCUCAGUAUGGUCAUAUUCCGCCGCAUUGUCGUCCUCAUGUUCAAGGUAUGGCAUCAUUUCCCUAUUACCACCCAGUUAGCAUAUACACACAACCGGGUCAAAUGCCUGCAACCCAUCAAUGGCCUUCACAUGGAAGUCCAUCGGCCAAUGAAGGAAAAAUAAGUAAAGUUGAUAGGAGAGAGGCAGCCUUGAUGAAGUUUAGGCAGAAGAGGAAAGAACGUUGUUUUGACAAGAAGGUUAGGUAUGUUAACCGGAAAAGGCUUGCCGAAAGGAGACCUCGUGUACGGGGACAGUUUGUAAGGAAGAUGAAUGGUAUAAAUGUGGAUCUUAAUGGGCAGCCUGCUUCUACUGAUUUUGACGAGGACGAAGAAGAGGAUGAUGAGGAAGAGCAAUGUAGCUAGGG